GGCAAUGUACACCAUUAGUCUAGCCGACAUCAUCAUCAAGGCCCGGACAGAAGUCAGUACAAGGCCACUAGACCCCUCUUUACCCCCACUCUCUCUCUCUACAUGGAGAGAGAGAAACGUAAAAAACUUUUCAGAAGAAGAUAAGCAAGAAAGAUGGGCGCAAUGGAUUCCUCUGUUGCUGAGAUAGGGGAGGAGCAAGGAGGGAGAGGAAAUGAAGAGAGAGAGAGGGAUAAUGAAGAAGGAGAGAGAAGGGGAGAUGAGCAUGAAGGAAAUAGAGACAUGGAGAGAGGAGAGGAGGGGCAGCAGCAGGUUGCUGCAGGUGAGCCGCCCCCCGCGGCCGAAACUUCUUCGAGCUUCUCGAAUACUCGAGGCAUCAGCACCACCUCACGGGUGCUCCGCGUGAAAGACAUUUUGAUUACACUAUUGCUUUUCCCUGUUGGUUUUCUAGUAGAACAUGAGUCCCCGUGGUACCUUAACGUUCUACACAUUUUGUCACCUGUUCAUGUGAAAGUAUUUUCCCAUGAUGAUGGGAAAGUACUUUCGUUUGGCAAAUUUCCCAUGGCUUGGAAAAGGACUUUCUUUGAAACAAAGGUUCCAGAGAAAUUCCAAGCUUCCCCAUGGGCUUGGGAAAGGGCUCUCUUUGAAACAAAGGUUCCAGAGAAAUUCCAAGCAGUGAAAUUUGGGAGCAUGACACAGGGAGGGGCGGGGAGCAUAAUCACGAACUCCGGAGGUUGCAGAGACCGGCUCACCCUUCUGGUAUUUGUGGUCCACAUUCUCGGCGCACUGGCGGCGUUGGGCUUCCUAGGGUUCAAGGCAAUAUGGGGAGCCAUAAGAGGGGGUGGAAAGCAAAAGAGAGUGGUGGAAUUCUGGGUUCCUCCUGUAGAGGUAGCCAUACUGGUGGGUGCAUUCAUGGCCGUGGCCUCUGCGAAGGCCACUAGGUGGUGGCCUAAGCAGGCAAUUCACACAGCUCUCUGGGGCAGCUUCACCAUGACCAUGGCAGCAUCGAUAGUGAUGCUAAGCUUCUCGACGCCCUCCACAGUGGGAAUUGGAACUCCUCUCCUUAUUUUUUCGAUCUGUGAUGGACUCUAUUGCUGCUGGGUAACCCGUCGUCUUGAUUACGCUGUCCGGGUGCUAUCGAAAGCUCUUGAGCCAACUGCAAAGUUUCCGGACCUGGCUGAGCCCCUGUAUUGGCUGGUAGGGGUGGCAGCUGUAUGGACCUCGGCUUGGAGCCUCGCUCUCUCUGGUGCUUCCUCCAUGGAAGGCCUACCUGUCCCUGCAUUGCUAGUAUUCAUGCUAGUGCUAAGCAUGGCAUGGACACUCGAGGUACUGCGCAACAUAGGGAACUUGACUGUCUGCAGAGUGAUGGGGCUUUACUAUACGCGAGGCAUCCAGUCGAUCCCACGCUUCUGCUUCGAGCGAGCCCUCACGAACACAUUGGGAAGUGCAUGCCUUGGAUCUGCUCUGGUGCCUAUGGUCGAGGCGUUGCGCAUAUUGGCCCGAACUCUUAACCUUGUCGAGGGGGAGGAUGAGUUCCUGUUUUCUUGUGCACAUUGCUGCUUUAGGGUCAUGGAGGAUGCCUUCCACUGUGCCAAUGGCUGGGGUUUUGUGAUGGUGGCGGUGUAUGGGAAGGGGUUUGUCAGCGCAUCAAGGAGUACAUUGGACGUUAUCCGGCGGCGUAAGAUGGAAUCUCUAAUGGACUCCGACAUUACGAGCUCUGUGUGCUUUCUCAGUGGGAUUUUGAGCGGGGCGAUCUGCGCCAUCAUCGCGGGGUCCUUCGCGAAGGCCUAUCACAUGGAGUUCACGGCCACUGUUACAUUAGCGUCGUUCUUCAUUGGUUAUCUCAUGACUCGAAUCAGCAUGGUGUUGCCUCACGCGUGUGUAAACACUUACUACGUGUGUUACGCUGAGAAGCCAGACAACAAGCUCUUUGAUGAAACCAUACCCAACCAAUUGAACAAAUUGAAAGAUGGUCGCGAUAGAUUAGUCAUUUGUAGAGAGAGAAUGGAUAAACAUAUGGUAGAUUAGUCAUGGUAGAGAGAAUAGAUAAAUAUAAGAAGAGUUUAAACCAUGUAUCUUCUCUAUGUUUAUCCAUUCUCUCUGAGUUAUAAACUAUUCUCUAUGUUUAUCCAUUCUUGUUCCACUUACAAAUCAAUUGAAAGAUAGUUACGGUAGAUUAGUCAUUGAAGAGAGAGAAUGGUAAACAUAGGGAAGGGUUCAUAGGGAAGAGUUUAAACCCACCCAAAUGUAAGGUAUAGAGAGACGUAGGGAAGAGUUUAAAGGAAAAGAUGGAGAAAUUUUUUUUUGGAGAACUGAAAAUUUAAAAUUUUCGGUUCUUCAACAAUCGAAAAGUUUUAAUUUUCGGUUUUUAAAAACUGGCUUGAUUUCGAUUGUUGAAGAAGAAAAUCCAUUAAAUUCGGUUGUUCAACAUUCGAAAAAAGAGUAAAAUUGUUUUUUUUUUAAAUUUUCGUUAUGACAUGAAAAAAACGGACAGAUAGAUAAUAAUAGAAACUAUUUGGUAGUUUUAUAAUAAAGUAAACUAUAACGGAUAUAUAUGUAAUUUUUUCUAAAAUUUUUUUUCACACAACGUAAUCCUAAAAGAUUUCAUACAACAUAAUCCUAAGAGAUUAGUGAAAGGUCAAUUGAAAUAAGAUACCUCUUUAGUCAUAAUCCUCAUAAAAAAUUAAU